AUGGCGAGCGUCAAUCCCAUAUCCCUCGCAGGACCCUCGCCGCAGGACGUUCAACGGACGAAGGAGCUUGAGAAGUUUCUGGUGGAUGCGGGGUUGUACGAGAGCCAAGACGAGGCCAUCUUGCGGGAGGAGGUUCUCGGUCGCCUCGACGAGAUAGUGAAGGUGUGGGUGAAGAGCGUGAGUCGUCGCAAGGGCUUUAACGAUCAGUUCGUAGCGGACGCCAACGCCAAGAUAUUCACCUUCGGCUCCUACCGCCUCGGGGUGCACGGCCCAGGCGCCGAUAUCGACACGCUGUGUGUGGGCCCGCGUCACGCCACCAGGGAGGAGGAUUUUUUCGGCGAGUUGCACGACAUGCUGGCGCAGCUGUCCGAGGUGACGGAGCUGCACUCGGUGCCCGAUGCGCACGUGCCCGUGAUGAAGUUCAAGUUCCGCGGCAUCUCCAUCGACCUGCUCUACGCGCAGCUCGCGCACACCGUCGUCCCCGAGGACCUGGAUCUAUCAGAGGAGGCGAUACUGCAGAACGUGGACGAGUGGACGCAGCGGUCGCUCAACGGGUGCCGCGUGACGGACCAGAUCCUCAAGCUCGUGCCCAACAUUGAGACGUUCCGACUGACACUGAGGUGCAUGAAGCAUUGGGCCAAGAAGCGAGGCGUAUAUUCCAACGUCGCGGGGUUCCUAGGAGGAGUGAACUGGGCCAUCCUGGCAGGGCGGGUGUGCCAGCUGUACCCGAAUGCAGCCCCCUCCAUGCUAGUCGCGCGCUUCUUCCGCUUCUACACGCUCUGGCAGUGGCCGCUGCCCAUCAUGCUCACCAUCAUCGACCAUGGCGUCAUGGGCUUUAACUUCCCCAUCUGGGACCCCAGAAGGAACCCGCGCGACGCGCUGCACCUGAUGCCGAUUAUUACCCCCGCGUACCCGUGCAUGAACAGUAGUUAUAAUGUCUCGGAGAGCACGCUGCGGGUCAUGAAGGAUGAGUUUCGGCGCGGGAAGGAGAUUUGCGAUCGGAUUGAAGGGGCGGUGGGAGGAGGGGGAGCGGCAGGGGGAGCCGGGGGAGCAGCGGGGGGAGCAGCAGGGGGAGGCGCGGGGGGAGGGGGGACGGGGGAGCAGAGGGCGGAGUGGGCGGAGUUGUUUGAGCCGUUUGCGUUCUUUGAGGCGUACAACCACUACUUGCAGAUCGAUAUCAGUGCUGCCAGCGAUGCCGACAUGCUCAAGUGGAAGGGCUGGGUGGAAUCAAGACUGCGCACGCUCGUCACCAGGAUCGAGCGGCAUACAGAUGGGCUGCUGCAGUGCCACCCGCACGUGUGCGAAAUCCACGACCCGGCCCGCUCCUACCCGCACUGCCUCUUCUACAUGGGCCUGCAGCGCCGCGCCCCCCCCACUCCCACCCCCACCACCCCGGGCACCCCCGGCGCUGAGGACGGCGGGAACGCCGGAGGGGGAGCGCGGGAGUUUGACAUCCGGUACACGGUGGACGAUUUCAAGAGCACGGUGGAGAGCUUUCAGAUGUGGUGCGAGGGCAUGGGGAUCGACGUGCUGUAUCUGAAGCGCAAGCAGCUGCCGCUGUUUGUCUUCCCGGGCGGCGUAAAGCCGCGACGCGCGUCCCGAGGGGGGAAGGGGUCGGGGAAAAAGGAGAAGGGGGCGGGAGGGGUGUCGCCUGCGAAUGGAGGGGGGCGGGUGUUGGGGAAGCGAGGGGCGGAGGAGGGCGGGGAGCAGGGGGAGGCGAAGAGGGCGCUCACACCUGCUGCUGCUGCUGCCGCUGCUGUUUCUGCGUCUGCUGCUGCGGCUGCGGCGGCUGUGGGGGCUGCUGUGGGUGGUGUGGCAGCAGGAGCAGGAUUGUCGCCCGUGUCCCCUGCUCUUGUGGCUGUGGGUGCUGCUGGUGGUGUAGCGGCAGAAGGAGGCGAUGUGGUGGGGAGAGGGGCGGGUGGAGGGGUGGAGGGUGCGGGGGGAGCAGAGGUGCCGCAGGCAGGAGCAGCGGCAACACGCGUCACUGGCAGCCUGGACGAACUGGAGGCGGUGCUGCCAGGGGCAGCGCAUGGCAGCAUGAGGCAGGAGGCACGGCCUCGACCCACUCUCAAGCUUGGUUGGUCGAGUGGGACGAACCUGAGGCAGCAGCAGGUUCGGCAGCAGGGACUUGUGUGA